AUGGAAUUCGCCUCAAGGCACGCAAUGGCCGAGAGGCCACAUCGAGAAAUGAUGGAGAAGUCUCAUUUUCGCGAAACUUUCUUCUCAGUCAAGAAUGUCCCACCACCCAGGCCGGACUCGGUGCAUACCGAGUUUAUGGAGACAGACUGGGAGGAAGAUGAUAUCCUCAGCGAGCUGGAUGACGGCGACUCGUCUCCACGUCUAAGUCUCGACUCCUCGAGAGGCGGGCCAAGUAUGACGACCUUGUCCACGUACGAUGAAAUCCGCACUCCCGAUCAGCGGUCAAUUGCGCGGUUUGAGAUGGGGCCCGACCCGGUGAAGCCAAUUGUCGGCCCAAGAGGACCUCACCUGUUCCGCAGUUCUAUUAGCAGCGCAAAUUCGGUCGAGUACGAAAACGCGCUCUCGCUGUCACCUAUCACACCAAAGGUGUUCAACCGAGAUGUCAACUACCAAAUGCCCAUUACCCUGGAUAUGGAUCUGCCGACACCGAGGGCGCCUCGCGACGGCCCAUUCCAAUUCACGAGCCGAGAGCUGGAGACCAAAACCCUGGCGCAGUGGUCCCCCGAGAUGGUCGCACAGUGGAUGCUCAAUGCUGGCGUUGAGCUGCAGUUUGCAGAGACGUUCGUCGAGAAUGACAUUAAUGGCGCGAUUUUGAUUACCUUGAAGUUUGAAGACUUGAAGGAGUUGGGUAUCGCCUCAUUUGGCGUAAGGACCAAAAUCUGGGAGGAGAUCCACGUUAUGAAGGACAUCCAGAUUGCUUCGCCCGACCCCGAAACGCCCAUUGAGGACGAGCCAAGCAGGGAAGUGAAGAGGGAGGAAAGGAGACGCGACAAACAGGACAACGGCGGUGAGUUGAAACGUCGCCAGAGCAGUCGCAGGCGCAAGCACCCCAGCAACGAGGAUACUAUCCGGCCCGGGGAGUCCGUCUCUAUCGUUGGCAUCGAGCAGGUGAUGCCCAAGCCACACUAUUGCUCCAAAGGCGAGAACUGCCGCAAGUGGCGAAAACAGCAAAGAAUGAUUGAGGCAUUCAAGAACGAUCAUCCCUUUGUCAAUAUGGAAAGCGGCGGUGUCAUCAUGGUUGCCGGCGACCCGGGGAACCCGGAGACUGCCAGAAGGAUCGAGCCCGAUGAGGAGGUUGUCUUUCGCCCGGUGUCUGACGCCGUCCCCUCCGUCGUGGCGUCGUCAGAUGUUCUCGGUACAGAAGGGCUCCCUCCGCUGCAGUAUUUGCAGCAGGCCACCCUGCGCAACGCUCAGGAGCAACAGAAGCGGGAUAAUGUCCGCCAGUUUCUUGAACUCCAGAAUACCACUUCCUCAAGUGAGGUUCCACCGACGCCACCAUUCGAGAUGCUACCUCCUCGCAAGGCACCUCACGGGGGUCUUCGGUCUCUCUCCAAGUUGUCCAUCCCCACUCAGGCCAGCCGCAGCCGCUCAGUCGAGGACGUGCCGGAGUCAGCUUGCCCUGGCUCGGCCUGUCCCGGCUCAGCAUACCCUUCUGCGCACCCUUACAACCAACCCUCACAGCCCUCAUUCGCGGCCCAGCAACGUCAGUUCUCCCUGCCGUCGCCAUCACCUUCCCCGGACUCUCGUUCAAACACACCAAAUGGCGUAUACCGUUUCGGCACACCCUUCUCCGAGAUGGACGUACCGGUCACUGCUGUGCCCAUGGCACCCAUCGCCCGCGACACCUCUCAGUCUGUGCCACCAGAGAUGAACUACCACUCGGCUUCCAACCCACCACCCCGCUCUCUAUCACGGUCCACCUUCCGCAGGCGAUCCUUCCUGACCAUGCCGCCUGUGGACGAGAACAAUGCGACCCAGAUCGCGGAGCCCCGCCGCAUCCCAUCCCCUAUCACCACAUCACAGAUCUCUCCGAAGUCUAAGCAGCAGCGGCCGCUCCAGCCCCCACCACGGGUCCAAUGGCCGUGGUCGCCGCCAGCCAGUGCUCGGCAGUUCGAGACGGCCAUCGCCCCCUUACCCAAGGGCCCUGGGAGCAGCUCAUCAAGCAGCCGCAGCAGCAGCGGGCAGCACACACCCAACAGCAGCGUCUCCUACACCUCAAAGAUCGGCUCCCCGCUGGGUGGCCACGCCAAGGACCUAAACAACUAUCAGUACCAGGGCUACAUGAAGAAGCGCAAGACCAAGAUGCUCCGCCACGAGUGGCACGAGCACUACGUCACGCUCAAGGGGACGCGGCUCGCGGUGCACAAGGACCACCAGGCCAUAGACAAGACGCUGGAGUACGUGGACGUGGACGACUACGCGAUCGCGUGCUCAUCGCUGGCGACGACGUCCAAGCUCAACGCGGCGUUCAAGGCUAUGAGCAUCCGCAAGGACAGGGGCUUGAGCAAGGAGGACAUCGCGGCCUUCAGCUUUCAGCUCAUCCCGCAGGGCGACAUGAAGGGCGGCGGCCUGCCGAGGCUUCGCAAGAGGGAGAGCUCCAUGAGCGGGGCCACGGGCCAUCACCAGCGGAAUGGCAGCUGGGACGGCGGGUCGGAUAUGUCGGCCGCCGCCCCGCCGCCGCCUCCCGACGCCGCGAACGGCACCGGCAAGACGCACCACUUCGCCGUGCGCAGCCGCGACGAAAGGAUCGACUGGAUGAGGGAGCUGAUGCUGGCCAAGGCGCUGCGCCAGAAGGGCGAGGGCUUUGAGGUCAGCGUGAACGGCAACAUGAUUUAG